GGAACUUUUCCGUUUCGUUUCGAGUUCAAGCUUGAAAGUGGCAGUUGAGUACUUCCUAGUGCGUAGAAUCUCGUUUUUUUUUUGUUUUGACUGAUUGGGCCUCCUGAAAUUCGCAGGUAGCUGGCAGCUCGCAAAGCCGAACUAGUUAACGUCUGCAAACUGUGCCUCCGAAAUAGCUUGCGAAAUAGCGACCUUGCUGACUAGCGUUAUUUAUCAUGAAGAGAUGCAACAGUUGCAUAGCUGAUAUAGCUAACUGGCUACUGGCUAACAAAGGUCGCUUGGUAUUUAGCCAGUUAGCAAAUUAGCAAGCUUGCGCUACCUACGGGUGUUUUCAGAAGUAGCGAAACGGUUCACUCGGCAAACAAGCAGGUCCUUGGCUGCCUCUGUGCCAGUGGAGAAGGAUGAGCAUGGAGGAGAAGCUGGAGGGCAUGUUGCUGAAGUGCAGCGGGGUGGUGGGGCUGCACCCCUCCUCCAGGGUCCUGGGCCCCGCUGGCGAAGAGGGGAGGCGAGGGGGAGGGGGUUUAGUAGAGUUGUCUUUGGGCGAGCGGGUGCUGGCCCAUCACGCCCUGCUGGUGGAGGACGAGGAUGAUGAAGAUGAGGAUGACGAGGAAAGUGUCCUGGCCCCGCACCACCUCGUCCCGCAGGGCGAGCUGAUGGUCCAGGAGGAGACUGUGAGGAACGAUGGGGAGGAGGAGCCUGACGCAGAGCUUCGGAGGGACCUCCCCCACAGGAUGCCGUACCCCCUCAACCUGCCUGUGAGCGUCAAGCAGGAGCUGCGGCUGCCGGACGCAGCGGCGGGGCUGAAGAGGGAGAAGGAGAGGAGGCCGAGGGAGCUCUCAGACUGCCUCAAGAAAAAGAAAAGGAAGCAGCGCUCUCCCGCAAAGAUCCUCACCAUUAACGAAGACGGGUCCCUGGGCCUCCAGACCUCCAAGUCUCACGUGUGCGAGCACUGCAGCGCCGCCUUCCGAACCAACUACCACCUGCAGAGGCACGUCUUCAUCCACACCGGUGAGAAGCCCUUUCAGUGUAAUCAGUGUGAUAUGCGCUUCAUUCAGAAGUAUCUCCUCCAGCGGCAUGAGAAGAUCCACACAGGUGAGAAACCCUUCCGCUGUGACGAGUGCGGGAUGAGGUUCAUCCAGAAGUACCACAUGCAGAGACACAAGCGGACCCACAGCGGGGAGAAGCCCUAUCAGUGCGAUUACUGCCACCAGUACUUCUCCAGGACGGACCGGGUCCUGAAGCACAAGCGCAUGUGUCACGAGAACCCGGUGGGCCGGGGCGGCCGGGCCGGAGCCAGAGACGGGCUGCUGGGAGCCGAGGACAGCCUGGGCUUCCCCUUCCCCCCCAAAGAGUGCUCCCCCGCCGCCAUGCCCCCAAAGAAGAAGCGCCAGCGAGCCGGCGAGAAGCCCCGCCUGGAGAAGGAGAGGGGGGACGCCAGGCCCUGCAAAAACGAGUGCCUGCCGCUGUUCGUCGCGGGCCCCGCCCACGUCCCGCCCGCCGUCUCCAAGGUGAAGGACGAGUACGUGGUGGCGGAGUACGCGGUGGAGCUCCCAGAGCCCACGCUGGCGGGGGGGCUGUCCGGGGCGGGGUCGCCCGAGGAGGCCCACCCCCCGAAGCUGGUCCUGAAGAAGGUGACGGGCAAGCGGAGCCAGAAGCAGCGGGCCGAGCCCCCGGGGAGCCUCUCCCCGCUGGCCGCCUUCGAGGACGGCAAGGCGGGCCGCUUCGCCUUCGAGCUGGUGGACAAGCAGGGCCUGCUGGACGUGGCGGCGCACGCGGAGCUGGACCCCGUGGACGGUGGCCUGCAGGGCGGGCCCAGCAAGCCUGCCGCCAGCAGCACCAACUACGACGACGCCGUGCAGUUCCUGAAGAAGAAGCGCUACCUGCAGGCGGCCGCCGCCUCCGCCGUCGCCGAGGCGACCCCCGGCGGGGGGCGGGACUACGCCCUGAGCGUGGGGGCGGCGUCCUCGCAGCCCGCCGUCACCCAGGCGGCCGUGGCCAGCGUCAUGGACGAGGACGACGCCGUUCCCGCCGCCAUCUUGGACGGGCACCAGACGCUGAGCGUGGAGAUCAAGCCCGGCCACGAGCGCCACAGCGUUCUGCCCGACGAGGUCCUCCAGACCCUGCUGGACCACUACUCCAACAAGGCCAACGGCCAGCCCGACAUCUCCUUCAGCGUGGCCGACACCGAGGUCACCUCCAGCGUGUCCAUCAACUCCUCCGACGUGCCCGAGUCGGGGCCCUCGGAGGCCCUGGGCCCCGGGCUGCAGGCGCCCCCUGCUGAGAAGGCCAGCAUGCUGCAGGAGUACUCCAAGUUCCUCCAGCAGGCGCUGGAGAGGACCAGCCAGAACGACGCCUUCCUGAACAACCAGAGCCUGGCCUUCGUGACCGAGACCCAGGCCCUGUUUCCCGCCGCGGAGAAGCAGUACGCCCCCGCCGGGCGCCUGCGGGCGGGGCUGGGCUCCCCGCUCAGGUCCCCCCUGGACAAGUCGCACUUCGGCCUCCUCGUCGGGGACGGCCAGCACCCCUUCUCCUUCUCGGGGGACGAGGCGAACCCCGCCUCCGUCUCGCCCACCGAGGACUUCCUGGAGCAGGUCACAGCGGCCAAGAAGGCCGAUGCCGCGGUGGUGGCGGCGGCCGUCCACCCGUCCUUCCAGAUGGGCGGCUUCGAGCAGAACUUCCGGUCCCCGCUCCAGACCUCCAGGUCCGGGAUCGCCUCCCAGUUCAGCAUCGUCAACGGGCAGCUGAGUCUGCGGGGCCAGGGGGGUGGAGCCUCCGACUUCCCAGAAUUCUCCUUGGUCAGCGUGACUGAGUCCAGAACUCAACUGACCUCAUCACCAGAUGCCACAAGCAGUCAGACUUUUGGAUGAAGGGGCGCAACCAUCCGUAUUCAAGGUCCUGUCAAAAAAAGCACUUUAUAUUCCUUUUGUUUGUGGUCUCCCAGCCUAGGUUGCACUGUAGGGGUGGUUCACUGUUCAAUACAUUAUAGUUUGAGAUAUCAUCUCUUCUGUUUUCCUGUCUUUUCUUUUUCUUUUUCUUUUGAUCACAUUUACAGUUUAAAUAUUCACACAUAUAUAUAUAAAAUAUAUCUUUCAUGUUAUGGUAAGCAACAAAUUGAAAACAAGGAAUACAAAUUUAUUGUCAUUUGUAGUUCAGUACCUUCUUAGAUUUUUAGAAUAUAUUUAUCUUUGUCGUUGUAGAAUGUGAUUUAAAACAAAACGUUUUUUGAUGAUGUGUGAAAAAGAAGCAGGUAUCAGUCUUACCUCAUAGCUGGCCAAUACGCCCACACCCUGUCCUUUGAACAUUUAUUUGACAAUCAUUAUGAGAUGCGGUUGUUUAUUGAAUGGCAGAGAGUUCAUAGCUAGACCACAUUGAUAUUCUGACCCACUGGCUUUGUAGGAGUAUGUAAAUGUUUUGCAUUUGCAAACCGCCACUGCAUCAAGCUAACGGUAAUGGUGCAGGGUCUUUUCUUUCCGGUCAGGGAGAAGGCUAAAGUUGUCAUUUACCUGUGGCUGGUGUUUAUAUGUGCUUUUUUAGAGCCUGUCUUCAUCCUUCUACCGUCCUCUUUUCAUAAUCUGAUGAAAGGGACCUUUGCAUUGCGUUAUUGGUUGCCAUGGAGAACACGGUUUUGUUAUUUAGCUCUCAUCAACAUUUCACUGCCAGCCCUCGCUAUUGCGUAAACACAGGACUGCAGGUGGGUGAUGUCAGGUUUAAACAGCACUGCUAAUGCACAGCAGUUUGGGCCUCGCUAUAAGCUGGUACAAACGAGCCAUUUCCACUGAUCACUGGUCUCCUUCCAUUACAAAAUGGAGCCUCUAUGUGUAUCUGCUGAAAGUGGUGGGGGAAGAGGCUUCACAAACCCCGUAAUGAGAGGACAUGGUGUGCUGUUGGUCACUGGCUCAUAUUAAGAAGACUUUGCUGUCCUUGGAAAAGACAAGUUUUAUUUUUCCAAGUCACACAUUGUGGCCAAAAUUAAAAAUAGACAUGACAUGAUGAAAGUAGCCACUGGAAAGACAUGACAUGAUGCGUUGAGGCGUUCUUGAGACCGGACUUUCCCAUUGCCAUUUACUUGUAUGUUCAGAAGAUAGGUGGGAGGCAAACCACAGUAACUGUGAGAGGAAGUUGUUGUACUCUCAUUUGGAUAAUCUAGCAAGUUGGCUUGCACUCUGAAUUCUGAAGCUGCUAAAAUUAAGUUGUUUUACACAAGCGCAAAUGUUUGAAAAAUAAUUUUUUAUCAUUUCCCCCAGCACAGAUAAUGAUAAAUUGUUUGAUUUGGUAAAGAAAGGUUCCGUUUGAUGUUAUUGAUUCCUUUUCCUAAUCACAAUUCGGUGAUGCACACAAUUUUAUGCGCUAAAAUUUUGUGUUUAUUGGUACAGUACUGAGUUUAAAAAAAAACUGAUUUGUAUCAAGAAGUGAUAAUGAAAUAAAUUGCUACUCAAACUAAGAGUAGCUAUAUUUGCACUUUGAACCAUUGUAAUCAGAAAUUAGUUUUUGGACAUUGUCCUAAUACACUGGGCUGAUUUGUGGACAUUUGAUGCCUUUUUAAAAUGAUGCCAAACUUUCAUUUAAUUGACUUUUGGAAAUGUGAUAGCGACCUGACUAAUGUUUUAUACUCUUUUGAACGAUUGGCACUGAUAUGUCAAAGGAAGUUGGGCUGAAGAACAAGAUUGUAAUCGAGUUUUAUGAAAUAUCAUGUCAAGUUUUUCCUUUGUUUUACGCUUUGCUUGCUGAAAUAUAUUAAUUUUCAUAUCCUGUCAAGUGCAUUUCAGUCUUAAAUCGCUUGCAUUGCACAAUGAUAUUGUUUUAUCUUCUGAAGAAAAUAGUUUAUUUUUUAAUUUAAUAAUGUAGUUGUUGCUUAAUCAGUGCCUUUACGUACCUGUAAACUCCCUUUGAUGCUCUUAUUGGAGCUGUUAAAUCUGGGGCGAGGAGACCCAUAAUACGCACUUUCCAGAUAGACUGGCUGCCAGCAUUGGGCUUAAGCCCUUUUCCAUUUCAUUCACCAGAAUUUUUGUCUUAAUGGAAGUUUAAUCUCUUCAUGUGUUUUGGAUUUUGGAAUGACUGUUUAUAUUUAAAGCACUUUUUACACCAUCACCGAUCAUGUCUUUUUGGAUUAAGACUUUCACUGGACUGCAGCAGUUUGUGGUGUUGGAAAAAAUCUAUAAAUAUUUUUAUUUCCCCCCAAUGACCUAAAGGUAUUAUGGCCUAUGUUAAAAAAAGGUGAAAAAUAGUGAUAGGGUUAAAUUCUUUGUUUCUUGCAGAAUGGUUGGUCAAGCAUAAUAGAAUAAAAUGCCACAAAAGAAAGAUUUUUUUUCUUGGUUUCAAAUAGGUUGUUUUACAUAUAUUUUAUGUCCAUAUCUGCAUAUGUUUGUCAUAUUCUUAACAACUGUAAUCCAUGCUUUAGACUUCUGAUGCGCGCAAUGUAUUCUGGGUACAGAAAUGGGUGGAGAGUUUAGGUUACUCGUUAUACUCAAUGCAAAACUCAAGGUGUGAUUUAAUAAGUGUAGGCUAUAUGCUUUUUAAAAUUGUUAGGUAUUGUUACAUUUUUAUUGUAUUUGUACAUAUAGAAGAGUAUUUAUUGCAAAUAUAGCAAAAUAAAUAAACCUCAAUCUCAGUCAAGUAAAAACGGAUUCAGAGAUGAAAUGUUUUGAUCAUUGUUACUCUUAAGCUAUCCCUGGUCAGAAGUUGAGAGGCAGUUUUACCACCUGUUGGUGUUUUGCUUUGAGAUAUUUGUACAGACGUCGUCCCCAAAUUUGUAAGGUUUCUACAGAAUUCAGCUAUUCUAUGAUCAUCAUUUUCCAAAUAUCAGUCUUACCCCUCGCAAUGUUUGUAUACCAUAGCUAGUGCAAGCCAGUCUUUGACUAUUUUUUUUGUUCUUAAAUCUCUUCAGACAAUCAAGAGAGAACUUGCCUCAGCAGCUCCACCAUUUCUCUUUACACACAUUCCUUUUCUUUUUUGUGCAUUUUAUGCGGAAGCCUGUGUAUGCUGUAAAUACAUUUUUGUAUUUGGAGUCGUAUGUAUAACUUCUGUUGCUGUAAAUACAAAACAUGUAGUUCUGCCAUUUAUUUGACCUUGUUUUCAGUUGGCAAUAAUGUGCUGUACCAUGUGAGUAACUGGAGUCUAGCAGAAAUAACUGUGCAGUGAUUUGCCUGUUUGAUUAAUUUAGCAAAACUGAAAAGUAAAUACAAAUAACUGAAAAAAUGCAAUACUUCAGUUGUUUGAUCGGUGCUGCAUUUUAAUAAAACAAUGCAAUAUUUUGGGAUUGCUUGGAGUUCUCCAAAUCUAAACCUGUGACCUCUCCAGUUGAGUACAUUAUUGCAGUCAUUCUGUUUUAUUAUUCAAUAUUUUUACAUUGAGUCGGUAAUCAAUGAAAUGUUAAUAUUUUUCUAUGGGAACCUGAAUAAUCUGGAGAGGAAAUUGGGACAUGUAGUUCAUAACAGAAAUGAGAGGACAAUUAACUAAUGUUAUUACUCUGAGUAUGUCUGAAUAUUACAUCUUAAAUUACCAAGUUCUGCAAAAAAAAAAAAAACAGAAAAACAAUGGUUGGAGGCUAUUGAUGAAAAACAAAUUCAAAUUUGAUUUGCAUGUCCUCCUUUAUGUCAUUUUUAGUACACUGGGUAUAUUUUUAUAUGUAAUGUAAGCCUUUUAUUGUAGAUGAUGCAUUUUGGUAGAGGACAAUUAACUUUCAUGCAAUAUUACGCAUACAUUUUGUCAAAAUCUAAUUUUAUUGGCUGUCGUUGGUUUUUGAUCGUGUCUUACUUGCAAUUGUGUAAUGAUUUGUCCCUAAAAUACAUGUGAUUUACAGUAUG